GCCCCGGAAGUUCCUCCCGACGCUUCCGGAAAGCCCGCGUGUAAGCUCCUCGUGCUAACUGCGCGUCACUCUCUUCUUGUUCUCGUAGCUGACUUUGUGCUGGUGGUGGCGUCAUGGGGCGACACGGGAAGGUGCGAUCCCGGGCCAGUGGCAGCGCGGUUUGGACGCCGGGUGAGGGGUUCGGGGCGGGGACCCGGGGGCGCGGGGCCGUUGCGGGGGGCGUCCAGGAUCUCUGUUUCUCGCUCUCUGCCUUUGGGAUCCCUGCAGAGCCAGCACCAGAAGCGCGCACGGGCGGCGGCCCAGCUCCGAGCGCAGGAGGCGUAUGCGUCCGCCCCGCAUUCCUUCGUGUUCGCGCGCGGCCCGGCGGGCCCCGGGGUCCGCCAGCUCAGCCUGGACGUGCGGCGAGUCAUGGAACCGUACACGGCCAGCUCUCUGCAGGUUCGUCGGCGGAAUUCCCUUAAGGAUUGUGUGGCCGUGGCUGGCCCUCUUGGUGUCUCUCACUUCCUCAUCUUCAGCAAAACAGAGAAGAAUGUGACGUUUAGGCUGAUCCGGCUUCCUGGGGGCCCUACUCUGACCUUCCGGGUCACCAAGUACUCCUUGGUUCGGGAUGUCGUCUCCUCCCUGCGCCGCCACCGGAUGCACGAGCAGCAGUUCUCACACCCACCACUCUUGGUGCUCAACGGCUUUGGCCCACACGGACUUCACGUGAAGCUCACCGCCUCCGUGUUCCAGAACAUGUUUCCAUCCAUCAAUGUGCACAAGGUGAACCUGAACUGUGUGAAGCGUUGCCUUCUCCUCAGCUAUGACCCCGACUCCCAAGAGCUCCAGUUCCGACACUACAGUCUGAAGGUUGUUCCUGUGGGUGCCAGUCGGGGGAUGAAGAAGCUUCUACAAGAGAAGUUCCCAAACAUGAGCCGCUUGGAGGAUGUCAGUGAGCUGCUUGCCACGGGUGCAGGGCUGUCAGAGAGUGAGGCAGAGCCAGAUGGGGAGCACAACGUGACUGAACUGCCCCAAGCCUAUGCUGGCCGUGGGAACAUGAAGGCAGAGCAGAGUGCAGUCCGGCUGACCGAGAUUGGCCCCAGGAUAACCAUGCAGCUCAUCAAGAUCCAGGAGGGCAUUGGGGAUGGAAAUGUCCUCUACCAUAGCCUAGUGCACAAGUCUGAGGAGGAGUUGAGGGCCACUCUGGCCACCAGAGAGCAGAAACUCCUGCUGAAGGCUGAGCGCCGAGGCAAGCAGGAGCAAGAUAUCAAGAGGAAGAAGGAGCAGCGGGAGGCCCACCGGAAACGGAGCCUGGCAGGCAUGCAUCGGGGAAAGGCCUCAGGUGUGGACAAGGGGGUUGGGGACAGUGAUGCAGAGGACCCUGGGCAGCCCGAUGGAGUAGCCCACAUGUCUGACGAGGAAGAGGAUGAGGCAGAGUAUUUUCGUCAAGCAGUUGGUCAAGAGCCAGAUGAGGACAUGUUCCCAAAGGUGAAACGGAGACGACCUAACAAGUCCCCUGGACAGCCGGUCUCUGGUGACCAGAGAACAGAGAAAGGUAGAGGUCGGCAUCCAAAGGGAAGGUUCCGAGCAGCCAAAGGCAAACAGCCCAAAGGAGCCACAGCUCACCACUUCCCUCGUGGUCAAGCCCUGGGAAGAGCUUUGGCCUCUAGGAGGCCUCACCGGAAGCCCUCAGCGGCAGCCAGAGCCUGAGAUUGGGCUCAAGGAUGAACUGUUGGUCUUUUUCUCUCUUCUGGGGAGAGAAUAAAUACAUUGGCCCCUGUGGCUUCUGAGGACAAGGCGACCAUUUCCUUUCUUAACUCUUCCCCCCUGCUUCACUAAAUAUAGUCUGCAAGGAAGGGGGGGCUUGAAGUAAGAUCUGGUUUCCUGUCAUUGUUUUGGUUGUGGGGGAGGGUGGUCACCUUACUGAGCAUUAUCUUGAGACCUUACUGACAGAUUAUGUCCUAGUUAAUGAUCUAUUGAGGGCAGAGCAGUUCUGAAGAGUCAGCCUCCAGGCACGAAGCCACUUGAGUUCCAGAGCCCAGUAUUCAGUGUGAACACCCCACCCCCCUGAGCUGUAUUUGCAAGGAGCAAGUAUUUGCUAGCCUGGUUUUUGUAUCCCAAAGGACAGUGGGCAACUAAAGGGGAGUGGGCUUUGAUAGCCUUUGAACCAGCAGUAUCCAAGGUGGUUCCCUCUUGCCUGGAAAAUAUUAGGGCUCAGAAGUUGGUCUUGGCUGGCCUAGGUAUAGGCCUAGCCUGGGUAUACAGAUGAUACAACCCAGAAAUGGUUUGUGCUUUUACAUCCCCAAUAAAGAAGCAAAUAAGAGUCC